AUGGUUUUCCAACAGUGUCGCCUCGGACACUCCUGGAUCUCGGGACACCCUCACAGUCUCCUCUACAAACCCGCCACGGCUGCCAACCAAGCGUCGUCCAAGGGCGCGACAGGGUCCUGUGGCAGUAGCGGGAACAGCAUCAAUACAGGUGCCGGACAACCAAGCGGCAGUUCCAGCUACAAUCACAACAACAGUGGCAGCAGCACGUUCCUGGAUUUUGCGGGCAAUAGCCGGUACCAGGCGUACACUCUUGCCCGGUUCUCGACCCUCUCGGUGGCAUCUUCCUCGGCUUCAUCCUCUUCAUUUUCUUCUUCAUCUUCGUCGCCGUCUUCGGGUCAAGCUGGUUCCUCAGGGUCUCAGGUUCCAGGAUCGUCCUCGAUUCGGCAAGAGCCGACAAACAACGCCUCUGACCGCCACCAUCAGGACAGAGCCCAUUCAAACCCAGCAGAUGCACAGUCACCCGAAUCAUCGUCAACAUCAACAACCUCUCCCUUGAACACCGCAUCAUCACUACCUACAUCAUUAUCAUCGGCAUCAUCCCCAACGGACAAGGUGCACGACGACACCGAGGACGCAUGGGCCGUCAACGAGAGCUAUUCAGGUCACGCGUCAUCAUCUAGUCAGCCAUCAUCAUCCGACGACAGCAAGGGCGACCCCUCAAGGAUAUCCUUCCACCAAGAUGUCACCGCCUCCAAUCCUAGAGACCCUGCGGCCAUCGAUGCCUCAUGGCGCCGCACAUCCGAUUCUAUCCCUUCGACUCCUUUCUCAAGCAACUCUGUCCUGUCUCCUUCCUCGUCCUCAUCUUCGUCGUCAAGUAAAGCCGGCGGACUGGAUCUGAGCUCAAGCACACUAGUCCAACAGAUGCUGUUCAAGGAGCGGGCGCCACACGCCGAUAGUUCCGAGGGCGACAAUGGCAGGCCAAAACAGGAUCAGCAGCAGAUUUCCAAAGAAGAAACCUCACCACAAUCCUCUUCAUCUACGGCCGAUUCAACAACCGCAAGCCCCUCUCUUGCAUCCAUGCUGUUGAACCAAUCGAGCGGCGUCGCCUCUGAGUCUCGCAAGGCUAACAAGGUUGCCCAACAACAGCAAUCCAAAGCUGCGCCUGCUCAGGAGGAUGAGGAUCAUAUCUCAAAGUUGGAUAUUCGUGUUGGCAUUGUGCGUUCGGUCACAGCACACCCGGAUGCCGAGGCUUUGUAUAUUGAGCAAAUUGAUGUUGGGGACAAGGAGAAUGGUGAAGCCAUGGAGCCAAGGACGAUUGUCAGCGGCUUGGUCCGUCAUGUUCCUAAAGAAUAUCUGGAGGGCCGAGCAGUGAUCGUGGUUGGGAACAUGAAGCCAUCAAAGCUCCGAGGAGUGAUGUCCCAGGGUAUGUUGUUGUGUGCGAUGGAGCAGGACGACAAAGGGGAGGUGACCAAGGUUGGCCUGUUGGAACCAGCAGAGGGUAGUCAGGCGGGCGACAAAGUGACAUUCGAAGGGUUUACCGAUCUGGACACUAUCCCUGCGGCGGUGUUGACGCCCAAGAAGAAGUGGUUUGAGAAAUCUAGGAUUCAUUUCUCUGUGCAGGAUGGGGUGGCCUAUUACAAGGGUUCACCCUUCAGGACUGUUCAGGGACUGGUCCGUUGUAAGAGCAUCUCCAAGGGAGAUAUCUCGUAA